GAUUCGGAUCAGAAGAUGAGUGACUCGGUGUUCAUUGAGUGGAGGAGCUGAGCAGAGGAGUUCGGGAAGUGUUUGGUGACUUCUCAGAUUCUGUUCCUUUGAGAGAGAGAGAGAUGACGGUAGCAGCAGGAAUCGGUUACGCUCUGGUAGCGUUAGGGCCCUCUCUCUCCCUCUUCAUUUCCGUCAUUUCCAAAAAGCCCUUCCUCAUUCUCACUGUUCUCUCCAGGUACGCACGCUCCAUUUCUUUUCACUCGAUCUCACCAAACCACAAACGCUGUGCCUUGCAAUAUCGCAAUUCACCCUCGCCAUGUUACUCUUUGCUUCAUCAUACACUGUUGUGGCUUAUUAGUUUGAUUGUGCUGUCUGGAAUAUGGAGGGGUUUUUUGCCCCUCAAUACAACCGCUUGGUGGCCUUUUGGAAUUCUUAUAUUCUCAUCUGUUGCUUUUCAAGAAGCUCUUAGGCUGUUCUUCUGGAAAAUAUACAAGAGGUUAGAAGACAUGUUAGAUGCCUUUGCUGACAGAGUAUCAAAACCCCAUCUUCUCCUGACAGAUAAGAUGUUGAUUGCUCUGGCUGGUGGGUUGGGCCAUGGUGUUGCCCAUGCUGUGUUCUUCUGCAUCAGCCUAUUAACUCCUGCAUUUGGUCCAGCAACAUAUUUUGUUGACAGGUGUUCAAAAGUUCCAUUUUUCCUUCUUUAUGCAACUAUUGCUCUUGCAUUUGUCACAAUCCACACAUUCUCAAUGGUCAUCGCAUUUAAUGGAUACACAGAGGGGAACAAAGUGGAUACAUAUUUUGUUCCCAUUGUUCACAUUGUUGCAGGAAUGGUGACACUGGUGAAUUUGGCGCCUGGUGGUUGCGCUGUUGGCAUUCCUCUUCUUUAUUUCACUGCUAUCUUGACCUUGGUUCAUUGUGGGAGGAUGGUUUGGAGAAGAUUGACAGAAAACCCAAUCAGGCCAGGUCACUCAUAGUAAUUGAUGGUUUUUGUAAAAAGUCUCCCUAUAGUUGCUUAUUGCUCACUAUACCUGUUUAAAUACGUAAGAUAGCAGAAGUUAUAUUGCACAAAAGGUGUUUCCUUGACUUGAUGCUCCCAUCUUCUUACAAUAUGCGGGGCUCAAAGUCACCUUUCUUUCAUAUUUGACAGUUUUACUUAUCGUCAUUGUAAUUAGGUUCAUUCAAGUUUUGGUUGCAGAAGCCAGUUUGUUGAAGUAUUGGUCGUUUAGUAUCUAUAAAAUGAAAGUCUACCAGAUUAAGAA